AAGAAACAGACUUUAAUGGAAGACCUUCAAGAGUAUUUGAGUCAUUUUAAGAAGAGUCCCGAGCAAGAAAAUGAGAUAUCUUCUAAUCUAACCAAACGAGCAUUGGGUAGUAACAGGCUUAAAAGCCACAACCUGGCAAAGGACAAAAUUAUGAAAAGAAUGAAGAACGAACUCGAAGUUCGGUUAAUAGAAAAAGAGGAAAAAUAAGUGCCAAAAUACAUCAACUAGCCUUGUUAAACCUAACUUUAAGGAGUCUCGUAGAAGGCAGUUCGAACCCUUCUUUGGAUAUACACAACUUUCACCUACUGAGGUACGGAUUAAGAAAGUUCAGCCAAGAGACUCCUUUUUAAGGGAAGAAGUUGAACGGAAGAUGAUGUUAUCUCAAAACCGUAGUAGCCGAAAUAAAGACGAAUCCUCCCAUCGCUCGCUUGAAAAGUUCUCGUUAACCCCCCAAAACAGACUGCUGAAUGUAAAAUUAGUAAACUUCAGUUCUCACCAUGAGAAAAUAUGAAGUGAACCAAGUAAUUUCUCUAUCAAGAAGAGAAAGAAGAAGUAUGGACUGAGUGACUCCAGAAAGGCUAAAUCCUCCUAUAACAACAAGCCUGUCUUGAUAUCGAAUGGUCUAAUAGCAGUCAGUAACAAAAUUGAGGGUAAACAUCCGAAGAAGAAGAAGUUUGUUAAGAAGGAUAAAGGCAUAAAAAUGAGCUAUUCCCCCAUCAACCAAAACCAUGAUUUCGACAAUGACUACCUCGAACAAGACAUGAAAAACCUCGAUGAGCCAAACAAAGAGCCGCCUAUUACUCUCUUACCCCUUUCAUUCUCUCCAAAUUCAUCAGCUUUCCUAAAAUUCCGAAAGGUCUAAGCCCCUGGCUCCUCCUCAGGCAUCCCUGAGGCAGACGAGAAAGUCUAUUUAAGACUUUUGCGAUAAAUUAUGAACUUAUUUUACAUAAGAAAUUA